AUGGGUCUCACAUACAAUAUCUACUUGACUUCCAACAAGAUCUUUGGUUGCAAGUCAUGCAAGACACAUCUUGCAGACUAUAACGACAUCAUAAGUCGGAACUUCCGGGGCCAACACGGCAAAGCAUACUUAUUCAACAUGGUCGUCAAUGUCAACCAGUCCGACGCCGUGGAGCGUAGCAUGACCACCGGCCGCCAUAUCGUACGUGACAUCACCUGCCGCCAGUGCAACGAAACCGUAGGAUGGAAGUACGACAAAGCAUACGAGGCCAGCGAGAAAUACAAAGAAGGGAAAUUCAUUUUGGAGGAGGAACUGCUCUGCAUCGUGUGCUAA